AUGCAAUCAGUGCUAGGCAAAGUCAUUGGCCCCAAGGAGGUCCACCCCGAGAACCUUGACGGUCGCGUCGCAGUCGUGACUGGUGGCGCACUCGGUAUCGGGUAUGAAGUCAGCCGCGCGCUAGCUCUUGCUGGCGUGAAAGUGAUCAUGGUAAACCGCAAAGAAGAGCAAGGAACCGAUGCCAUUGAAACAAUCAGGAAGGAGAAGUCAGAUGCUCAAGUCGAGUGGAAGCACUGCGAUAUGGGCAACUUGAACGAAGUCAAGAACGUUUUCACCGAGAUUCGCAACUCGCUGGAUCGCCUUGACUUCCUCGUGCUCUCAGCAGGUAUCAACACCAACCAGUACGGCACAGAUGCAGACGGCAUUGACCGCCAUUUUGGCGUCAACUGGCUCGGGCAUUUCUAUGUCUGCAACCAGCUGUGGCCGCUACUGCGCAAGACAGGCAAGCUGGGCGAGAAGCCAGCACCCAGGGUGGUGUUCGAGGCGAGUGAGAUGCACCGCACUGCGCCGUCCAACGUGCACUUUGCCAGUCUGGAUGAGCUCAACAAUCCCGACAUUGGGCCCACACAGUUGUACGGACGUACAAAGCUGGCUAUGAUCUUGGGCGCUAAGUACGGGCUGCGAGACCGCGUUAUCAAGCCCAACAGCGAUAACGUAUACGCGUUGAGUGUGCACCCUGGCGCCGUCAACACAGCAAUGCAACAGCAAUGGAAAGACGCCUAUCCAGGUAUCACCGGCGUGCUCCUCACCAACGCCAUGCUGACGAUCGGGCGGUCUCCAGAACAAGGCUCUUACAGCGCGCUGUGGGCGUUGACAGAUCCUUCGAUUGAGGAGAAGGAUCUCAACGGGUACUACUUCGCGGACCCCGGGCAGCCGGGCAAGGAGACAGCGCAGGCUAGUGACCCAGCACUGGGCGCCGCGCUCUGGGAUCUGAGUACGCGUCUCGUGAAGGAGAAGGUUGGCGACGACGCACUACUGGACUGGAAUGCGGAGGGAAAGAAGAACUAA